AUGAACGGAGAUCGAGGGACCAGGAGAACUGGAGUCGAUUAUGUCUCUCCCGCAACAGUGGAUGUAUUUAUCUAUUUCUCUUAUGAAAAUGAGCGAAUGUCAAGGGGACAGGGGAACAAGGGUGGAUCAUUUUGGAUGUCCAAAUCAAGUUCUAUUGGUGUUAUCCCACAAACGUUUUCGUCGAUUCCAGCGCUUUACGCUUUUGAUCCUCGCACGACUACUUGGCAGUCCUAUCGUGAUCGCAUAACCUUCUUCUUCAAAGCCAACCGUAUCAACACGGAUGACGAUAAGAAGGCCCUGUUUCUUUGGUCUGUCGGAGAUGCGACGUACAGUCUUCUUGAGUCGCUCGUUUCGCCGAAGUUAUUGACCGACGAUGACACUCAAUUUAUCGAUCUCGUUACAAUACUCGAUUCGCAUUAUGAUGCUACUAAGAACAUCAUGACAGCAACGUACGAUUUUUAUUCCUGUUACCAAAAGCCUGGUCAAACGUUUGCAGAAUGGAAGGCUGAAUUGUGUGAGAAGUUACGCUAUUGUGGAUUUACAACAUCUGUGCUUAAAAAUAAACCGCAAGAUCGUGCACUUCGAGACAUGUAUGUUAUCGGUAUCAAUAAUCCGAAGAUUCGACAAGCGUUGCUCAAAGAGCAAGAUCCCGAUUUGGAGAAAACUGAAAAAAUCAUUCAAGUGGCUGAACGUUUAGAAGAGGAUGUUCGUCAUUUUGGAACAUCGAUCAAUCAUACAGACUCCACAAUAGCCAAAGUUCAACCAAAAAGAUUCAACCAACGUCCGGCGACGCUAAACAAGCCAACGCCGAAGCGAGUGGAAGCUAUUCAAAAUUUGCCGACGCCCAGAAAUGUAAAAGAAAUCGAAGCGUUCAUCGGUAAAGUAAACUAUUAUGGUAAAUUCGUAUCAAACUUCUCCGAUCUAUGUGAACCACUCAACCGUUUACGACGUAAGAACGCAGCGUGGAAGUGGACACCAGCAUGUGACACACCUUCCGCUAAUCUCAAACAGCAACUGGCUGAAGCAACGACACUUGUACAUUUUGAUGCACAGCUACCGCUUAUUUUAGCAACUGAUGCUUCAAACUACGGCAUUGGCGCUGUCAUCAUGCAUCGUUACCCGGACGAAUCAGAGAAACCAAUCGCACACGCUUCAAAAACGCUCACUGCUGCUGAAAAAAAUUAUAGUCAGAUCGAAAAAGAAGCACUUUCGAUCGUUUACGGAGUUAAAAAAUUCCACCAAUAUUUGGCAGGACAUACGUUCGAGUUAGUUACGGAUCAUCAACCGCUAUUGUCUAUCUUCAGUCCAGUUAAAGGGAUACCCGUCGCGACAGCAAAUCGACUUCAACGGUGGGCGAUUUGUCUUAUGGGUUAUAGCUACCACAUCCGUUACAAGCCGACUCGACUCCACGCCAACGCAGACGCACUUUCGAGACUUCCAGCAGGUCCGGACGACUCCUUUGUGGAUAACGAAUCUCUUCAGAUCAAUCGUAUCCACGCACAGAUCAUCGAAGAAGGGCCAGUAGACGCUGCUGAAGUUCAAGCUGCAAUGGACAAGGACGAAACACUUCAGAUGGUAAAAAAAUUCACUCUUGUCAAAUGGCCGAAUUCAUUUUCAAAAAAGAACAAUCCUGAGCUCAUCGCAUAUUACGAUAAUCGUCACGCUUUAUCUGUCGUCAAUGGAUGUUUGCUCAAAGACGUACAAGUGAUCAUUCCCAAGCAAUUACAACGCCGAGUUCUUCACAUGCUGCAUCGUGCUCACCUUGGGGUGGUUAAAAUGAAACAGUUGGCUCGUCUUCAUUGUUGGUGGCCAAAGAUCGACAAAGACAUUGCUAGUCUAGCAAAUUCUUGUGAGAUUUGUGCAAGGUCAGCAGCAAUGCCUAAGGAAGAGUUUAAACCAUGGUCAGAACCGGAACAUGUGUGGUCUCGAGCACACAUGGACUUCGCUGGACCAUUAUGGGGUUCGAAAUGGCUCGUGAUCGUCGAUGCAAAGUCAAAGUUUCCAUUCGUCGCAGACAUGGGAAACAAUACAACCGCAAAAAGUCUUUGUAACGUUCUUGAACAAGCAAUUGAUUGGCUUGGUCCGCCAGAAACGCUCGUUUCAGACAACGGUCCACCGUUCAGUAGUUACGAAAUGAAAGAUUUCUACAAAAAGUACGGCAUCGAACAUGUCACAACAGCUCCUUAUCACCCAGCCAGCAAUGGACUGGCGGAGCGUUUUGUGCGCUCCUUUAAAGAAGGGAUGAUGAAGGAACAGCAAGCUGGACAAACAAACAAGAAU